AGAUCACAUGACCCAGCUGAGUGCCCGGACCAUCAUCGUCCGCGGACAAUCAACCUCCCUUCACGGCAUCCCCCGCCUGGCCUCUGGCGUACAAGCUGUAGAUACAUCGAAUGGCUUGAAUCUGGGUGCCAACGUUUUCAUUUCAGAUCCGAUCCAGGAAUCACUACCCUUCUAUCCCAGCAUCUCUAUCAGUAAUCUGCUAUUGUUGACCCAACAGCCGCGCUGUCCAGAGCCCUGCACAGCGGACCGAUAACAUGGACGUCCGCAAGAAGAAGCGAAAGGUCCUCCUCAUGGGGAAGAGUGGCUCUGGAAAAUCGUCUAUGCGAUCGAUUAUUUUCAGCAACUACGUCGCUAAAGAUGUACGCCGCCUGGGAGCUACCAUUGAUGUGGAGCAUAGUCAUGUCAAGUUCAUGGGCAACCUCACGCUCAAUCUCUGGGACUGUGGAGGACAAGAUGCAUUCAUGGAGACAUACCUCGCAUCGCAGCGGGGCAACAUCUUCUCUGACGUGGCGGUGUUGAUAUACGUCUUCGAUAUCGAAUCCCGCGAACUGGAGCGCGAUCUGGACACGUACGAUGCGAUCAUCAAAGCUCUGAAGGAAUUCAGUCCCAAUGCUUACGUCUUCUGCCUGGUCCACAAGCUCGACCUCAUCCAAGCCGAACACCGUCAGAAGAUCUACGAGGAACGAUCCGCUCUGAUCAGGAGCCGCUCGGAACAUUUCGAUAUAGAUACCUUCGGGAGCAGUAUAUGGGAUCAAUCAUUAUACAAAGCAUGGGCAGGGAUUGUCCACAAACUCAUCCCGAACCUAUCGGUGAUCGAACGGUUUCUGACCGCGUUCGCCGCCAAGAUUGAUGCGGAAGAGGUGAUCCUCUUCGAGCGCUCGACUUUCCUUACGGUAACAUCUGUUUCUUCGGAAACCGGUAACCUAAACCCGAUAUACGACCGACACGAACGCCUGUCGAAUAUCAUGAAGGCCUUCAAGCAUUGCGCCGCUAGGAACACGCACACGACGCCCGCGUCCGCUGGCUUCCUCGUCAUGCACAUGAAGACUCCUCAGUUCAAUAUCUUCCUUGGCCGGUUCACUGACAACACGUAUAUCUUCGUCGUUACACCCCCCGGUGAGGCUGCUUUUAAUUGCGCUGUUCUCAACACCCUGUUGGCGAGAGAAGCAUUCUCCAAGACCGCUUCGGCAGGCCAGGGGGAUGGCUUUCCACUUCCGCCGGCGGAGCACGAUGGCUCUUUGAUGGUAAAUGGAUUGGAUAAGUCAAAAUCGGCCAUUUCGUGAUAUGGAAUUUGAUCUUGGAUAUCUUUUUGGGGGGGGUUUCCCUCU